AUGACAUCGGAAAGUAAUAGAAAAGAUCCGGCGUGGCAAUAUGCCCAUUUGGUGGAGGAGAAUAAUUUAAACAAGUUUGAGUGUAAUUUUUGUGGUAAAGUAUCAAAUGGAGGUGUUUAUCGGGUGAAGCAACACCUUGCGGGAGGUUAUAGGAAUGUUACUGCUUGCCCGAAGUGUCCUUCUCAUGUAAGAGAAGAGAUUAGAGAGUUCAAGUCCAAAAAAAAGACACAAAAAGAAGAAAUGAGCAUGUUGCCUGAUUUUGAUGACAUGGACAUGGAAGAUGAGGAUGAAGAUGAUGAUGUUGUUGAGAUCAAUGUCAAUCAACACUGCAAGUUAACAAGUAGUAGCCAAGAAAUGAGAGCUCGGGCACUGCAAAGAUUUGCAAGGUGGAUGUAUGAUGCUGGUAUCCCUUUCAAUGCCGUAAAUUAUGAGAGUUUUGGACCAAUGAUUGAAGCCAUUGGCCAAUAUGGUCCUGGUAUGAAGCCACCGACAUACCAUGAAGUGCGGGUUACCCAACUCAAAAAAGAAGUGAAACAUACUGAAGAUUUGAUGAAGUAUCAUAAAGAGGAUUGUGCAAAAUACGGGUGUUCCAUAAUGGCAGAUGGUUGGACUGAUAAGAGAGGAAGGACAUUGAUUAACUUUUUAGUUAAUUGUCCAAGAGGAACCAUGUUUGUUGAGUCGGUUGAUGCUUCUAGCUAUUCAAAGGAUGGGCAAAAGCUAUUUGAAUUACUAGACAAGUUUGUGGAGAAAGUUGGAAAAGAGAAUGUGGUGCAAGUUAUCACUGAUAGUGCUGCAGCUAAUGUGUUGGCCAAUCUAAUGAACGUUAACAUGGAAAAUACGUACUCCUCAAAGAUACAAAUCUUACAUACACAAAUAAAACUCUUCUAA